AUGUCAAAUUUGAACAUAUUCAAAGGUUUCAAGCGUAGUUCGAAGAAGAACCGCAAGGAGACAGAGGCUUCGGGCCUGAACUUACAGAACAACGGAUCGAACAUAUCGCUUGGCUAUGGACAAUCGCUAUACUCCAACCACAACGGCUCUGCCCUUUCACUUAGAAGGACUGUAUCGCCUAGUAAGCAAUCGAUCAAAUCACAGAAAUUUCAACAACAACAACAACAACAACAACAGACACAACAGCAGCCAGUGCAGCCCCCCAAGCCUCCGCUAUUUAUGUGCGAGCCUUUUGUGGAGACUGCUUUGGUGAAGGGCUCUUUCAAGACCAUCGUUCAGUUGCCUAAGUACGUGGACUACUGCGAAUGGUUGGCACUCAGCGUGUUUGAAACAUUCAAUCAUUUAAACAAGUUUUAUGGGAUAAUAUCGGAAUAUAUUACGCCAGACAAGUAUCCAACCAUGACUGCCGAUCCUGGAACGGAAUAUUUAUGGGUUACUGCCAAUCAAAAGACGGUUUCUCUACCAGCACACCAGUAUAUCGACUUUGCUCUGACCUGGAUCAGCAACAAAAUCAACGACCAAACGGCAUUUCCCACGAAAAGUGGCACGUCGUUUCCAAAAACCUUCAUCAGGGACGUUAAGAACAUUUGCAGGCAAAUGUUCAGGAUUUUUGCCCAUAUAUAUCACAAUCAUUUUGACAAGAUCGUUCAUCUUUCUUUGGAAGCCCACUGGAACUCUUUCUUCGCACACUUUAUAUCGUUUAUGGCAGAAUUUGACCUGAUAGAGCGGAAAGAGCUGGCUCCGCUCUUGCCUCUCAUAGAGGUGUUUGAGUCGCAGGGCAAGAUUAUCAAGAUGGAAAAGUGA